AUGAAUGAUUCCUUUGAGGCCGCACAGCCACUUCUGUCGUCAUCUGACGCUCUGGACGUGGAGGCAGAAUCCUCAAUAGAGAGACCGGAAUCGAAGCGCGUGCUGGCCCGCCUCUACAUCUCGCAUUUCCUGUCAACAUGGAACUCUCGCAUGUUUGAGUUUGGAGCUGUCUUGUUCCUUGCCUUUAUUUUCCAGGAAACGCUGCUAUAUGCCUCUUUAUAUGCACUGGUGCGUGCUUUGUCUGCCGCCGUGUUGUCGUCCUGGCUAGGAUCGGUGGUGGAUCGGUCGAAUCGGCUGGUUGCUUUGAGGCAGUCAAUUGUUUGGCAGAGAAUCCCCGUUGCGGUGUCUUGUGCAUGCUUUGUGGUUCAGGCAUCAGUAGGGAAGGAAUCAACUGCUAUCACACUCGCCCUAUUUGCCUUUCAGGUCCUCCUGGCCUGUGUGGAGAAAUUGGCAGCCACAGCAAAUACUGUGGCGAUUGAACGAGAUUGGGCGGUAGUGAUAUCAGACAGCCUGAACAUUCCUAGACAAGAAUUAAAUUCGUCUAUGAGACGGAUAGACCUCUUUUGCAAACUGCUAGCUCCGGUUUUCAUUUCUCUUCUUGAUGGUCUGUCAAACAAGAUUGCCAUAUGGACAGUAUUUGGCAUGAAUGCCUCUUGUGUUUUGGUUGAGUAUAUGGCCAUUGCUCAGGUAAGUACUUGUGAUCCUACUUCGACUGCUCAGUUCAGACUCGCUAAUUCACGAUUUACACAGGUGUAUCAAUCAGUACCUGAGUUGGCACGAAACCAGUCAAUUUUGACAGAUGAAGACGAUGAGCAAGAUCAGACGAACGAAAGUCUACCAACUCAAAACACAAUCCGCAAUGCAGACUGCACACAAAAGGCUCUAGCCCCAUGGCGAGAGUAUGUGUCUAGUCCUGUUUUCCUGGCAUCGUUUGCCCUGAGUUUACUCUACCUCACCGUGCUCUCCUUUGGCGCAACAAUGGUCACGUAUCUACUGCAUACUGGGUUUAAUCCGUUGCAAGUGAGUUGCAUGAGGAUUGGCUCUGUUAUCGCAGAGUUGUCUGGCACAUGGGCAGCGCCAUUCAUCACCAACAAAAUUGGCCCCAUCCGUUCUGGAUUGUGGUUCCUCAAUUGGCAAUUCUGCACUUUGGCCACAGCUGCUGCUGCCUUUUCCUUUUUCGACUCCAAUUCUCAGCUAGUAGCAGUGAGCUUGAUUGUGGGAGUGGCCUUAAGUCGCAUUGGACUUUGGGGAUUUGAUUUGUCAGUUCAGUUUCUCGUUCAAGAGAGCGUUGAAGAACAUGCUCGAGCACGGUUUUCAGCCACCGAAAUGGCCUUGCAGAAUAUCUUCGAGCUUCUGUCAUUUGCAACCACGAUUGUGUUUCCCCUUCCAGAACAGUUCAAAUAUCCCGUGCUCAUCAGCUACGGGGCAAUAGCAAUGGCGGCUAUCUGCUUUGCGGGUUAUGUUCGCAAGGAACGGGGACAUUUGCUUCAUAUGUCCAAGUGUAUCGGGGGCGAUAAAACAUGGAUGCACCGUGAUAUCCAAUCGCGAGUUAUGGCUUAA